GCGUUGAAUUGUAUCAAGGGUAUUUUUUGUGUUUAAAUAAGAAAUAAAGUAAAAUUAUUAAAAUUAAUAAUGUUUGCUAUAAUCAAUAAAAUUUUGGACUGGUUUAAGUCAUUAUUCUGGAAAGAAGAAAUGGAACUGACAUUAGUUGGAUUACAAUAUUCCGGAAAAACGACAUUCGUGAAUGUAAUCGCUUCUGGUAACUUUAGUGAGGAUAUGAUUCCAACAGUUGGCUUUAAUAUGAGAAAAGUCACAAAAGGAAAUGUUACUAUAAAAGUGUGGGAUAUAGGUGGUCAGCCCAGAUUUCGAUCGAUGUGGGAGAGAUAUUGUAGGGGUGUAAAUGCUAUCGUAUAUAUGGUCGAUGCAGCAGACUUAGAUAAAAUGGAAGCAUCAAGAAAUGAACUUCAUUCACUACUCGACAAGCCUCAACUUGCUGGCAUCCCAGUAUUAGUUCUUGGUAAUAAGCGAGAUUUGCCUGGUGCAUUAGAGGAAACGGGACUUAUUGAAAGAAUGAAUUUGUCAGCCAUUCAAGAUCGAGAAAUUUGUUGUUAUAGCAUUUCUUGUAAGGAAAAAGACAAUAUUGACAUCACACUACAGGAAUCGAAUCCUCGCUCACCAAAUGUGUAUAUUCCAGUAAUUCACUUUAAGGACCUUGUCACUUAG